UCUCAUUCGUCUGUCUUUUCUUUCGGUUCUUGAUUGUGUGGUUAGCAGAUGGCACAAACAGCAAUUAAAUGUGGCCAUAAGUAAUUCAAUUAAAAACUAAAAUGGAAUAAAAUAAGUAGACAGACCCCAAGAAUCCUAAGAUGAAGUUAAAUCACAAAAACAUCGAAAAGGAUGGGUGUGGGAGCAUCAGCCUUACUCCUGAAGAGCCAGAAGAUAUCUGGCACGCGUACAAUCUCAUUUCUGAAGGAGAUAUUGUGACUGCGUCUACCGUACGUAAAGUGCAAACCGAAUCCUCUACUGGUUCGUCUACCAGCAACAGAGUUAGGACUACUUUGACUAUAAAUGUGGAGACAAUAGACUUUGAUACCCAAGCAUGUGUUUUACGGUUAAAAGGACGAAAUGUGGUGGAAAACCAAUAUGUCAAGAUGGGUGCAUACCACACAUUAGAUCUAGAACUAAACAGAAAGUUCAAUUUACAAAAAGCACUAUGGGACUCAGUGGCCCUGGAGAGAGUGGAGAUGGCAUGCGACCCGGCAGCAAACGCAGAUGUUGCUGCAGUAGUGAUGCAGGAGGGACUUGCGCAUGUGUGCCUCAUCACACCGUCCAUGACUCUAGUGCGGUCAAAGAUUGAUGUCACUAUUCCUCGAAAACGGAAAGGUUUUGUACAGCAACAUGAAAAGGGCCUAAACAAGUUUUACGAUGCAGUGAUGCAAGGAAUUUUGCGGCACAUCGAUUUCUCCAUAGUUAAGUGUGUAAUCAUAGCAUCACCUGGCUUUGUCAAGGAUCAGUUCUUCGAAUACAUGAUGCAGCAAGCCAUUAAAACGGACAACAAACUGCUAAUUGACAAUAAGGGCAAGUUCUUGCUGGUGAAAGCAUCAUCAGGGUUCAAACAUUCAUUAAAAGAGGUUCUUCAAGAGCCAGCAGUAAUGGCCAAAAUCUCAGACACAAAAGCGGCGAGUGAGGUAAAGCUCUUGGAGAGUUUCUACACCAUGUUGCAGUUGGAACCAGCCAAGGCGUUCUACGGGAAGAAGCAUAUUGAGAGGGCUAAUGAGGCACAGGCAAUUGAGGUCCUGAUGAUAUCUGACAAGCUAUUUAGAUGUCAAGACAUCCAGAAGAGGAAGGAGUAUGUUGCGCUGGUGGACUCGGUACGAGACAAUGGUGGAGACGUCAGGAUAUUCUCCAGUAUGCACGUUUCUGGGGAACAACUGGACCAGCUAACAGGCCUGGCAGCUAUUCUGCGGUUCCCAAUGCCCGAGCUGGAAGAUAGUGAUGAAGAAGACGAGGAUUCAGAUUCAGAUUAAUUUUUACACAUUAACACAAUAGAAUGUGCUCAAUGAACAAUCUUUGGUGUAGUCGGCAGCAGGCGAGGUGUUCAAAAUUAUCUUAGCACUAACUUAUUCUUAAGAGAACAUGAGUGAAUAAGAUAAUUUUCAUAAACAUGUGUGGAAAUAAUUGUCAUUAUGGCUGUGAUCAUCUGUUACUGCUUGGCCUACAACCUCUAAUUUCCCGGCCACUAGUAAUGUACUAUUUUAACACCUCGCCGGCUUGGCUACAUCUGUCGCUGAUUGUACACAAGUAUAAUAUUUUCUCAUUUGAUUUUCAUACAGUGUACAUACAGCUACGCUAAAAAGUUAUUAGAAUCUUGAGUAUUGUAACCAAAACGCAGUUUGUACCGAACCAUUUACUUGUACAUAUUUACAGUUUUUAGUUUCUGUUUAGUGUUAGCUACGUCAAAUGUGUUAAAAAUGUAAUUUACUAUGAAAAGUUGAUUAAAUUCUGUUGUUCUGUUGUUGCUGUCUGACUGUUUUUGAACAGAGCAUUGGCUCUUAUUGUUAUGCAUAGUUAAUGUACGGUAUUGUCUUAGCGUAGUAUUCCACUUGUCGAAUUUCUUGGUCCAAUGUGCAUUGCGUCUCACUCUCAUUAAGCAAAAUGUGAGACGCAAAUACACAUUGGACCAAGAAAUUGGACAGGUGGAAUACUACCCUUAAGUACUGUUACCAAUUCAAGAGCGUAUUAUAAUUAUUUGAAUAUUUAAUAAUUAUAACCAAAUUCAG